AUGUCGCCCCGCUCAAUCUCGACACGACGGCCCCCUGAUUUUGUCAAGAAGCUGUACUUGUAAGUAUUCCGCCCUCUUGCUUUGUCUCCUGCUCACGGCCGCGCAGCUGAUCCACCUCAACUCUGCUGCUCCGCGACAGCGCUCUCGAGGCGGCUCGGCAAACCCACGAACCUGACCUUCGAUGGGUCUCUCCGGGCGAGUUCGAGAUUACGGGAGAUCAAAAACGUGCACUCGAGGUCUUGCAACGGUACCAGCUCGAUUUCAAACUGUAAGUACCGCUGCGUUCCGUGCGGAUUCCCUCGCGAGUCAUCGACUUCCAGAGUCGCGACGGCGCUGCCAGCCUGCCAGCCUGCCAGCCAGCCCAAGUGGAGGCUCAGGCCGCCACGCACCGCGCCGCGUCCCAUUAUUUCCGCGGUCCGAUCAUUCGAUCAUUCUGAAUGGGGCGCCGGCACCGACUUACCCCACUCGGGCACAACCCCGACAUUCCGACCAAACUCUGACAUUUGAUGAUUGAUGAUUGAAACUAACCCCCCGAUUUUGUGUUUUGCAUGUGAUUACAGAUUCUCGUCAUUUGUACGACAGCUGUCCUACUACAAGUGAGUACCUCCCGUGGUGCACGUGACGGCGGCAAGGGCCGCGCGCCUGGCAGUCUGGCAAUUUCACAUGUCCAGAUGCCCGAAUAAGGCUGGGAGGGCACCGAACUGAACCCGUCGCGCCGAAUCACUGUCCCAGCUUCAAACGCCUCAGCGAUCGACGGCGCAGUGAUGCACGGAGAAAGCCUGGUGUCAAAGAAAACAUCCACUUUGGGUCAGUUUCUUCGCUUCAGUAUCAGUAGUAUCAGAGAUGCUUCAGGGCAGAAAGUGACCGUCGAGGAUACUCAAUGCCACUGCCCCUCUUCCUGCCACGGUCGCGUGACUCACUCUCAGGCACCCCGCGCGCGAUUUUUGGACAGGCAAUGCCGGCAAAGCCUUCGCGGUGAUGAUUCGCAAGAGUCGCAAGCGAAAAGACAGGGCCAGCGUCACCUCCAACUGCAGCACCUCCUACUCUCACAGCCCCGACGAUGGCGCCUUGUCCUCGGCCCAUUCUGGCGACUCGAACCGCCGCGACUCGGUCGCUUCGAUCGACUCGCACGGCGGACAUUCGACGAACAGCGACUACAUCACACAUCAGACGUCCCUCGCUGCAUACAGCCAGUUUCCGUCUAAUGCUCAGAAGCCAUCGUUCAUCAACCUCAACGCGCCGGUCCACGAGCAAGCCGUCUCGACCCUGCCCGUGUACCCCUCGCCGCUCUCGCCCUCCGCCACGACUCCAUACUGGACACACGAACACUCGCCCCUGGCCCAAGGCUCCCCCUACGCAACGCUGCCGGCCGGGUCAGACCGCAUGCCUCCGGGAGAAAAUGUCUUCUCCCACACGUUCGGUGCCGCAACGCGAGGAAUGACGGCUCCCAUGUCGAGCUAUUACUACCCGAACGAGGGCAAGCACGCCUCUUCGUCGAACCACCAAGCAGUAGCCUACUACCCAUCUCAACACGAGCGCUACAUGGCCGUCGACGCCGCCCGAUGGGGACAAGUCGACUCUCAGUCGUCCCUCUCUUCGGCGGCACUGCCUACUCCGCCGGAUUACUAUCUCCCUCCGUACAACCGACAGAGUUCGACCUCCCCGGGUUGCUCGUCGGGCCUCGUCCAUGCCGGUCACUACCUACCCCAUGCCCAGCUGGCGACGUCGACCCAUUACGACCCCAACUGA